GUUACAAAGUUUACUAUCAAGAUAUCUCUCUCUAGCACCACUCUCUGCCACAUUCCAAGGUUCAACCACAAAAUCAUUCACAGCCAGAUUUUUAUCCUUUGGCACAACUUCAACAAUCAACCAUCAACUCAACAUGAAAUCUAUUUUACCUGCAAAUCAGACUGAUGAUGAGAAUGAAGAAUCAAUUUGGUCUUCAUAUGAUUCUUGGCUAGAAAAGUAUCCUUCAGCAUUGGAAAAUUUUGAGAAAGUGAUGAAUAUUGGAAAAGAGAAAAAAAUUGUUGUGUUCUUAGAUUAUGAUGGAACACUCUCUCAAAUCGUAGAUGAUCCGGAUAAAGCUUACAUGACCGAUGCCAUGCGUGCGGCCGUCCGUGAAGUUGCUAAUUAUUUUCCUACUGCCAUUGUUAGUGGAAGGUGUAGGAAUAAGGUUUAUGAUUUUGUGAAACUGAAAAAUGUCCAUUAUGCUGGAAGUCAUGGAAUGGAUAUAUCAACUCCACAAGGGUCAUCCAAUAAGUAUAAAGAUAAGAAGCAUCAACAAAAAGCUGUUGAUGAAAAGGGUAACGAAGCUGUUCUUUUUCAUCCGGCAAAAGAAUUUUUGCCAACAAUCCAAGAGAUUGUUAAGAUUUUGAAAGAAAAUAUAACAAUAAUAAAGGGCUCUACUAUUGAAGACAACAUGUUUUGUGUCACGGUACAUUAUCGCCGUCUGAAAAAUGAAAAGGAUGUUGAAGUUCUCAAAGAAAUUGUUGAAUCAAUUAUGAAAGAUUACCCCAAUUUUCACAUAUCUGGAGGAAAAAAGGUUUUGGAGAUACGCCCAAAUGUAAAAUGGAAUAAAGGUCAUGCUCUAAUGUAUUUGCUUGACACUCUUGGAUUUGACAACUAUGAUGAUGUUUUACCAAUGUACAUUGGGGAUGAUAGGACUGAUGAAGAUGCUUUUAAGGUUAUAAGAAAAAUUGGAGGAGGUUUUCCGAUUAUUGUUUCUUCAAUUGCUAGGGAAACAAAUGCUUCAUAUUCUCUGCGUGACCCUGCUGAUGUUAUGACUUUCUUGAUUCAUUUAGCAAAAUGGAAGAAGAAUUUGAUGAAGAAAACUAAAGAGAGAAAGUGAAAGGUGAAUCAAUGAUCUAAUUUAAGGCUAAUUUAUGUCCCUUUUAAAGUUGUCAAAUUAGCCUUGACAAUAUAGAAAUGAAAUAGAAAAUGAUUUUGUAAAUACAAAGUUGUACUUCAACUUAGGACAUAUCAUUGGUAGAUGCUAAGUUAUUUUUUAAUCUAAACUAAGUUUUAAGGUCAAGUUUAUCGGUUGAUCGACAAGUUAAUAUGAUUGUUGAUGUGUCUGUAAGGACGGCCAUAUCUCUAGUUAGU